UUCUGAUGGGAUUGGGUGCUGUUUUUUUCAGGUUUUCGUUUGCGAUUGCCGAUAUAGGCUGUAACAUCUGUAUCAGCAAGUUGCUGGUGUUUAAGUCGUGCGCCAUCUUCGCGUUGAUAACUGAGGCCCCAUAGCCUCAGCUUUAGUUAAAGCAAUGGCCGGUGAGAGUGACGGACCGGCCGGCGGCGCCAGCGGUGGCGCUGAGACGCCGGCCGCGCGGCCGCGGCCGGCGCCACCCCGCCUGCCGUCGAUCCGCGCGCCGCGCGACCUCACGCUUUCGGCCGCGCUGCGCCCCGCACUGCUGCACGCCACCAAGAACAAGCGCGUGUUCGUGCCCAACCUGGACGUGAAGAGGGAGAAGCCCGAUGAGAAGAGCCGUGACAAUGACCGCCGCGGAGGUCGGGACCGGAAGAAGGACGACGAGACCCAUCUGAGCGCCAUCUUGGAGCGAAGUUUUUGA